AUGACGUCCUCUUACCUAUCCAUGUCUACCGGUCACGGGCCGCCCGGACAGGAGAUGGGAGAAAGCCACCAUGCCGCGUUCGACCGCUUCAAGCCUGCAGCGAAGUUAACUUUGAUGCGCUAUUUCCAGGACCUCCAGAAUGCUGAGAUUCCACCGAGUCCUGUUGCCCCGCGCUACCACACCGGACGCCUUCCCAACAGCAAGGCCGGUGAUGGUAAACCCAGACUGCUGUUAAUGGGUCAGAGACGGAGCGGCAAGUCAUCGAUAUCUAGCGUCGUCUUCCAUAAGCUCCCUCCGAGUGAGACGCUCUACCUCGAGACGACUACCCGUAUCAAGAAGGAGUCGAUGCACUCUUUCAUGGACUUCCAAGUCUGGGACUUCCCCGGCCACCUGGAUUACUUCGAUCCCGCUUUUGACGUGGACAACAUCUUUGACGAGAUCGGUGCCUUGAUAUGGGUCAUCGAUGCACAGGACGAGUAUCUGGAUGCCAUUACCCGCCUGAACACCACCAUCCUCAAUCUGCAGCACUCAUACCCCAACAUCAAUGUUGAGGUUUUCGUCCACAAAGUCGACGGCCUCUCAGAGGACUACAAGAGCGACACGUACCGAGACAUCAUCCAGAGAGUGCAGGACGAACUGUCGGAUGCCGGAUACGAGAACGCGCCUGUCAGCUUCUACCAGACCAGCAUCUACGACCACUCCAUCUUCGAGGCCUUCAGCAAGGUCAUCCAGAAGCUGAUUCCCCAACUCCCCACGCUGGAAUCUCUGCUCAACAGCCUCUGUUCCACUUGCCGCAUCGAGAAGGCGUAUCUGUUCGACGUCCUCAGCAAGAUUUACAUCGCCACGGACACCAGCCCGACGGAUAUCGGCAGCUACGAAAUCUGCUCGGAUUACAUUGAUGUGGUUGUUGAUGUGAGCGAGAUCUACGGAUGGGAUCGUCCGGAUGAGAACGGACACACAGACGGAGACAUCGACGAGACAGGCAACAAUGAUGCAGAGAGCUUGAUUACCAUGGAGAGGAAGGGCAACAACUACCUCUAUCUGCGGGAGAUCAACAAGUAUCUUGCUCUCAUCUGUCUGAUGGGCGAAGACAGCCCAGCAGAGAAGAAGGCUCUGAUUGAUUACAAUGUUGGAGUCUUCCAGGAAGCUCUUGCACAGGUCUUCCCCAGGUAG